UAAAAAUUUCGAUUUCAGUCAACGUGCGAACGCGUAGCGAGAAAGAGUUCCACCAGCGGUACUAUAAAACACACACAGACUCCAGCAGCUUGGCGCACCACACACAUUCGCUGAUAUCUGCCUCAACAAAUGCGGCAAGUGGCGUGAACGUCAACUGCCACCACCACAGCAGCCGCAAGAGAAAAAAGCAACGCUAAAGAUUUGCCAUAAAUGCCGAUGCAGUUCAGCAACAAAGCAGCCAUACGACCCGCAGACCCAGAUGAAUGCCCCACUGAAAAUGUUGUAUCGAGACGCCAAAGGCAUUAUGUUUUCGGUUGUUUUUAGUAUUUGGCUAAUGUGCUGUUGUUUACCCAGCGCUGAGCCACUAGUUGUGCCACAGGAACUGCCCUCCAUACUAUCGCUUAUCUAUUCCAAUAUACCGCCCAUCAAGAAAGGCACCGACUCGCGUCUCGGUUUUGGUUUUCGACUCGGCAAUCAUGCUGAUUUCCAAGUGCUACUCGAGCUGGGUCCACAAAAGAACACACGCCCGAUCGGCGAAGAUGCCGACUCGGAGAAUUCUUUCAAUAAACGACAAGUGAACAAAGCACAUCGGGAUUAUCUGCGUCGCAAGCAGGCACAAGAAGCCUUUAAACAACUUAGCAGUACCUUAACUACAACAACUACAACAACAGAGCCCACAGCCAACAAUUGGCUGGAGAGUUGGUCCAAUGCCAUGCAUGCAAAUGUGAAAAGUGACAGCAAAGGCGAUAGUGCGUCCAGAAAAAAAUCAGCGAACCCGUUGAAGAAGCAGCAGCAGCAGCAGCAGCAGCAGCAAUUAGUGAAAAUCAACUCAACACCAUCUGCCAACGCACCCGACCAAUCUAUGAUGCAAUUGCAAAUGCUCUACCAAAUGGCCACCAGUAGCAGUAGUACGACUACAAGUUCAACCUCGGCGCCGCCACUUGAAUUGCAGGCUGCUACUGAGACGCCGGUUACAAUUGUCACGCCAGUGUCACAACACCAACGGCUACGUCCAACAUUUGUACCAUACAAAGGGGGGCCAUUGAAUUUGGGCGGUCCAUUUGGUUUCACGCCACGUCCAGUAGAGGAGUUGGCUUUGCAAAUACUACAACAGAGUGAAAAGAAAUCAAAGAGUGAGAUAACCAAGGAGUUAAUGGAUGUCAGUUUAGAGGCGGAAGGGCAGUAGCUGGGAGCUAAACGAAUGGGACAAAAAAAAAACUUUUGUAAAUACUUUUUUAUUAGUUAAAAAAAACGAUUGUAAAUAAAAGAAAUUAUUUAAGGUGAUCAAAACG